GGCUCAACGAUGCUGUGAGACCAUGACUCCAAGACUGUAGUGUGGAUCAAUCUCCUCUGCGUGGCCUCACAGCUUACGGAGAUCUGCUCACCCUCUCUCUCACGCGAGGCGAGGGACGUGGUGUGGAGGAGGUGCAGCUCACUCACAUUCCCGGCAUCACCGCUCUCCUCUUUCCGGCCGACCCUCUGACUCGUACGACCACUACACCCUUCAUCCAGCAUGUCCUCAAACGCACUACCACCCCUCCCAGAGUACACGACGGGCCACUGUGCCUGCAAACGCACGCAAUAUCGAGUACAGCUCACCAAUCUACAGGAAGACCUCCGUCUGACCGCCUACUGCCAUUGUACCUCGUGUCAGAGACUCAAUGGUGCGCCAUUUGUAUGGACGACACAUUGGGCUGAAGAGGCGGUACAGUGGUCCUCUGCUGCACUCGAUGGAGGAAGUGAGAAGAUGCCAGGCUCUUCCUCCUCUUCCACCGCCCCAACCUUAACAAGGACAAAAGGCGGCGCCCGACUAAUUCCCACCGUCUCUUCCUCCUCUUCCACCUCUGCUUCUACUUCUUCUUCAUCCUCGGCUCCAAUGCUUCCCGAAGCAACCUUUGCUCCCACAAUGGCAGUCUACGAGACCCUUCCAGGACGCAAAUGGAAGCAACGCUGUGACUAUUGUGGAACACCAUUGGGCUCUUGGAAUCAGGCAAAGAGACAAUGGAGCCUCUGGCCCUCCACCUUCUCAAGGGACUAUCUUCCUCCUCCCACUCCCACUCCCAAUCCCACCUCCACUCCCUCGACGGGCUCUAGCUCCAGCUCCUCCACUACAUCUCCACCACCAAAGGAAGGUCUUCCGCACCCCACCAUCCAGCAGGCUAUCCGACCUCUGCAUCACCAAUUCUACGGAUGGUGGCGUACAAUGGAUAUACCCGACAAGUUGCCCAAGUGGGAGGGAUAUGCCGGUGCUAGUGAGAGGGUGGAGGAGUGAGCUGAGAGAAGAGGAGAAGAGAGACGACUCGGAGAAAGAAGCAGCUUCGGACGUACAAGAAACAGGUGGGGCGGGCGCACUUCUUAAUUCAGGCUUACGCCU